AAUCUGUGACGCCCUCAGUUCAUUUCCCAAGAAACGAUACCUAAAUCAUGCAGUAUAUAAAACUCAGCCCAGUCCAAUACUCAUUAAAGCAGAGAAAGACAUGGGGCUUUUGACAUUUGCAUUAGUUGGAGCAGGAGCAACCGGCGCUGUGGUCGGGGCUCCUUUUGUCCUGGCUGGUAUAGGUUUCACCUCAGCUGGCAUUGCAGUGGGUUCCUAUGCUGCUAGCAUGAUGUCAGCUGCUGCAGUUGCUAAUGGAGGAGCAGUGGCAGCAGGAAGCACAGUGGCUGUUUUGCAGGCAGCAGGUGCAGCUGGUCUGACAGGAACUGUCACUGCAGCGGUGGCCGGCGCUGGAGGAGCAGUGGGAGGGCUGGUUGCACUCCUAGUCUGAAAAUGGAACAAGAUGAAUUUUACUUUGACUUUACUUUGACUUUUGCCAAAUGAUGGAAGCAAUUGCUAAUUAUUAUUUUUUUGUACUAUUAACUAAAUAGCACUUUUAUCAUCUCAGACAGCUGACUUGUUUUGUGCAAUAAAUCUUCCAAACCUGUGAAA